GAUCUUUGGUAGUCAUUGUUAGCGAUUUUAUUUAGCGUGGGUUGAGUGGUUGGUGGGGUUCGUUUUGAAUAAUCAAGAAAUUGGUGAGUUUAAUAACAUUACAAGUGAAAUAUUCAGGGCACUGUGGAUGCCACAAAGGCCACAAUGUCACAACAAUAUAGUUUGAGGUGGAACAACCACCAACCCAAUUUUAUUUCUAUGUUUGGUACGCUGCUUGCUACCAAGAAUUUGGUAGAUGUUACCCUUGCCGCUGAAGGUCAGCAUUUAGUAGCUCACAAGGUUGUGCUGUCAGCAUGCAGCACAUACUUCCAUUCUUUAUUUGUGGACAACCCAUCACAUCACCCAAUAGUUAUAUUGAAGGAUGUAACAUUCAACAACUUAUGCACAAUGGUUGACUUCAUGUACUAUGGAGAAGUUAAUGUCACAGAGGAGCAGUUACCACAGGUUUUAGAGACAGCUAAAAUUUUAAAAAUCAAAGGAUUGACUGAAAUGCCUGACUCAACCUCACUGACAAGGUCUCAAGGGGCUUCAACAGACUUCCCAAACACUGAAAGUUCUAAUGAGACUAAUAGGCCUUCAGUUUCACCGUCCUCACCCAAUAUUAAACGAAAAAGGCGUCGAGGUAGUUCAACUGGAUCAGGUGUAAAUUUAGUGACGGAUGACAACAGAAGUAAUGAUUGUGGUCAAAACAUGGAAUUAAUGCGUGAGGCAGUUACACUAAGCAGUGUACCACAACAAAAACGCAGAGAAAUUGAUGAACGGAUGGAAAACCAGACUGGUGAACCAUCAAACUUAAAUAUAGAUCAGCUUGCCAUUGAUGCAAAUACUGUUGGAAUGUCACAAGGACAAUGGAGUAUGUUGGAGCAUACAUACCCUCGGUAUCCGAACGCUUGUCUGGGCGGCGGCGGGUUCCAACCUGACCAGGGGAUGUAUCUAAAUAAUGUGAUAAAUCAACACGGAGAUCCCGACAUGACUCAUUACGGCCAGACGCUCGGCGUGCCGGGUCCUGCACCGGGUCCCAGCUGCGUCGCAGAAACUCAAGCUAACCAGAUGCAACAGAUGAACCCAACGCCUCAAAGGAGACGUCGUCAAACGAACCCUCAAGAUGCAGAAAACUUUCAAAAAGCGCUGGAAGCCGUACGAGUCGGCGGUAUCGGAUUUUGCAAAGCGGCACGAUUAUUUGGUGUAAACAACCGAACGUUAUGGCUAGAGUACAAGAAGAAGGGUUACCCAAACAAUCGACCGAGUAUAAAGAGCAGAAUAAAGCGCGAGCACGUCACGCCACCCCCGGAGCACAAGGAGGAGCCACAGCAACAGGAUCAACAGAUGGCCCUGAUAUGUCCUCCGCACUCCGUCCCCGUGGGUUUUAUAGACCCACGACCUGUGGACUUCCCCCUGCAAGUGAACAACGCCCCUCUUAACAUCAUCAACGGCGUAAACUUCCCAAUGCAAUAGAACGCGGCGUGCGGAGCGCAAAGCACCGAGUCGUACUCCUUGUGACCCGAGUGGCACGGCGGCGAGUGCGCGCCCGCCUUCGCGUCACUCGCGGCUCGUGCGCCCUCGCCGCCCUUGCGCCCGCAGACGCGCUACGAUAUCUAUAUGCAGAUGCCCUUGUAAAUAUUGUUACACAUCCAUGUUCAUUAUCGUCCAGUAUUAUUUGGUAUCCAGUUGAAAAUAUAAUAUAAAUGAAUAAUUAAA